AAUUAUUGUGUGGAAUCGACUCUUGGAGUCAACUCUCUCGAUUCGCUCCGAUUCGAUUAGGAGUCGACUCUGGAUUCGAACAGCUCUGGUUAAAGCACUGUGCUGUGUUCCAUUUAGAUUGUGAGAUUGUUCUAGCUAGUGCGCCAGUGUACAGAACUGAAGCUCACCAAUCAGAAGCGCACUUCUGCUCAGUGGCCCGAUGUUGGCGCCGAUUGGCUUCUUCGUUCACCUUGACGUAAGACAGUGACGCACCGCUUAUCCCAUAAUGCAGCGGGGCGAGGGUCUAAGGAAAGAUGGCGGAGGGAGGAGCAGCUGAUCUGGAUACUCAGAGAGGAGAGGUCGUAACGCUGCUCAAAACUCAGCUCCGGAAAGGAGACACUUGGUACUUAAUAGACAGUCACUGGUUCAAACAGUGGAAGAAAUAUGUGGGCUUUGACAGUUGGGAUAAGUACCAGAUGGGAGAUCAGAAUGUCUACCCUGGACCAGUGGACAACUCAGGGCUCCUUAAAGAUGGGGAUGUUCUUGCUAUUAAGGAGCACCUUAUCGAUGAAUUGGAUUACAUCCUUGUGCCUACUGAGGGCUGGAAUAAGUUAGUGAGCUGGUAUGGACUGACUGAGGGCCAGGAACCGAUCGCCAGAAAGGUGGUUGAGCAGGGUAUGUUUGUGAAGCACUGCAAAGUGGAGGUCUACCUCACCGAGUUAAAGCUAUGUGAAGACAGCAACAUGGACAAUGUCAUCACUAGACGCUUUAGUAAAGCGGACACAAUAGACACUAUCGAAAAGGAGAUGCGCAAACUGUUCAGCAUUCCUGAUGAGAAGGAGACCAGGUUGUGGAACAAAUACAUGAGCAACACCUUUGAGCCUUUGAACAAACCAGACAGCACCAUUCAGGAUGCGGGACUCUACCAGGGGCAGCAGUGUCUAUAUGAUGGUGAGAUCCAUCUUUUCACACUGAGGACAACUGAGGGACUCGUACACAACCAUUACAAAAAGUGCAAACAUUCACUGAUGCUCAAGAAGGUUCUUGUUAUAGAGCAGAAGAACGAGGAUGGAACUUGGCCUCGCGGUUCCUCUACGCAGAAGUCAUCUGGUGCUUCCAAUCUCUCUGCUUUACCAAAGAUCUCCCCUUCAUCUCUCACAAACAAUCAUAACAGCAGCUUCAGCAGCAGGAAUGUGAAAAACUCUAGCUACAGCCUUUCAUCCUACCCUCCCUAUAGCAGCUAUGAGUACUCGGACCAGAGUAGGCACAGUGAGAAAUCAGGCCUGUGUGGCCUCUCCAACCUGGGCAAUACCUGCUUCAUGAACUCUGCUACACAGUGUCUGAGUAAUAUUCCUCCGCUCACUGAGUACUUCCUGAAGGACAAAUAUCAGGAUGAGCUGAACGAGGACAACCCUUUGGGAAUGAAAGGAGAGAUUGCUAAGGCUUACGCUGAGCUUAUCAAACAGCUCUGGUCUGGCAAAUACAGCUACGUCACUCCUAGACCUUUCAAGACCCAAGUAGGGCGCUUUGCCCCUCAGUUCUCAGGCUAUCAGCAACAGGACUCCCACGAACUGCUGGCCUUCCUUCUCGACGGCUUGCACGAGGACUUGAACCGCAUCAGGAAGAAGCCCUACAUCCAGCUCAAAGAUGCUGAAGGAAGACCAGACAAGGUAGUAGCUGAAGAGGCCUGGGAGAACCACAUCAAGAGGAAUGACUCCAUCAUUGUGGAUAUAUUUCACGGCCUCUUCAAAUCUACGUUGGUCUGCCCUGUGUGUUCAAAGGUCUCUGUGACUUUUGAUCCGUUCUGUUACCUCACACUUCCUCUGCCCAUGAAGAAGGAGCGUACUCUGGAGGUCUACUUGGUGCGGCUAGACCCCCUCACCAAACCCACGCAGUAUAAGCUGACAGUACCCAAAGUCGGCUACAUCUCAGACCUCUGUGCAUCUCUUUCGGUUCUGUCUGGAGUACCUGCAGAAAAGAUGAUUGUCACAGAUAUCUACAACCACCGGUUCCAUCGAAUCUUUGCUACAAAUGAGAACCUGAGCAGUAUAAUGGAAAGGGACGAUAUCUAUGUGUUUGAGGUUGGAGUAAACCGGCUAGAGGACACAGAGCAUGUGGUGAUUCCUGUGCACCUACGAGAGAAAUAUAAGCAGUCCGGCUACAACCAUAGCAGCACGCCCCUGUUUGGCCUACCCUUCCUCAUAACCAUCCCACGCACUCUCAGCGAGGAGAAGUUCUACAACCUGCUACUUCUCCGUCUGUGUCGUUUUGUGCGCUCAGCUAUGGAAGAAGAGGAAUGCGACGAGACGCACUUGUCCAAGCAGCACGCUAUCAACGGCAAUGCCACUAACGGUAUUCUGGAGGAGGGCUCGCCCAGUGAAAUGGAGACUGAUGAGCAGGAUGAUGAAUCCAGUCAGGACCAGGAACUCCCAUCAGAGAAUGACAACAGCCAGUCAGAGGAUUCGGUGGGCGGGGACAACGAUCUGGAGAAUGGGGUCGGCCCAGAGAACACGACCAAAGGCCAGCAGCUCACAGGCCAUAAAAAGCGACUUUUCACAUUCCAGUUCAACAACAUGGGCAAGACUGAUCUGAGUUUUAUUAAAGAAGAACCACGGCAGAUCCGAUUCGAUGAGGGACACCUUCGACUCAGCGACAGAUCUUAUCUCUCCUUGGACUGGGAGCCAGAGAUGAAGAAGAAAUACUUUGACGAAAGUCUAGCGGAGGACUUUGAUAAACAUGAAAGCAUGGAAUACAAACCUCAAAAGAAGGCCUUCUUUAAAUUAAAGGACUGCAUAGAGCUCUUCACUACCAAAGAAAAAUUAGGAGCAGAGGACCCAUGGUAUUGUCCCAGUUGUAAGCAGCACCAGCAGGCCACUAAGAAGUUAGACCUGUGGUCCCUGCCUCCUGUACUAGUGGUCCAUCUGAAGCGCUUCUCUUACAGCCGUUACAUGAGGGAUAAGCUGGACUCAUUGGUGGACUUCCCCCUUCGUGACCUGGACAUGUCCGAGUUCCUGAUCAACCCCAAUGCUGGGCCGUGCCGCUACAACCUCAUUGCCGUGUCUAACCACUACGGAGGAAUGGGAGGAGGCCACUAUACGGCCUAUGCCAAAAACAAGGACGAUGACAAGUGGUACAACUUUGAUGACAGCAUUGUAUCUCCAGUCAGUGAGGAUCAGAUUGUGUCCAAAGCGGCAUAUGUCCUAUUCUACCAGCGUCAGGACACGGUAAAGGGAACGGGCUACUUUGCUCUAGACCGUGAGGACGCCGAGGAGCAAGAGAGCAGCUUAGCACAGGGGGUCAACGGCCAGAGUGAUGAAGAUGAAGACGAAGAGGAGGAAGACCUAAAUGACAAUGAGCAAGAUGAAGAGCUGGAGCCAAAUGACAUUUCCAUGAACACCAACUGAGGUGGGACAGACCUGGCAUCGCAGGAUGGUGGGGUCGGUCAUCUGAAGCCAUAUCGAGAGCAGCAAGACCAGAGAGUACCACAGCUGGAUAGGCUGGGUGAUAAGAGCCCUUGUGAUUUUAGCAUCUAACCCAGCAGGGCGAUGUUUAUUCUCCCUUUUUUUUUUUUACUUUUCCACAUGGUUCCCCUGCCUCCGCUCCUUCUACACGCCUAAAGCUCUGAUGGUGAAAGAAAGCCUGAACCGGCUAAACAGAGGUCUAAAUGUGAUGCCUGAAAGUCAGCAAUGUUGCUCUUUCAGUUUCCUUCAUUGUAGUGUGGUGUUCUUUAUUUUCUCCUCAAGAGGCACAUUUACAGGUUUUAUCGUUAUUUGACCUUGUAUAUAAUGUUGGAUGGACAGUGAUCCUAUGGGUUUUUAAGGAUAGCGAAAUUUCAUUGACUGUUUUUGUUGCACACUCCAUUUUGUUUUUAGAGCUAGUAUUAGUGCCACACAUACUGCAGAAGCGUAAGCUAGCGCUUCUUUCUGGUGUCCAAUCUAUCAGCUGCUCAGAAAGAUGUCUUUAAACCAAUGGUAAAUGCAUCAAGAAGCUAUUUCUCUCAUGUCAGAGCACUGAUAUGUAAUGUAAAAACUUUAGUCAAUUGUGCUGCUGUAUGCCUCCUUAUGGGUUUUUAGGGUAACUUAAUCCUGGCAAGUAAGGGUCUCCUGACUCGGCUUUCUUAAAGGCAUGACUUUUAAGAACCGUAGCUUUACCAUUGCUUCAGAUGUAAGUCUCGUUCUCUUUCACCAUAGAUGCUUUUUAAUGAGAUUAUGAACAUUUCGGUGAUGCAAUAGAUUUGUCUCUUGCCUCCAUCACCUCGCCUUAAAUCUAAUCUCAGACUGUUGCCUGUUUGCACAGAUAUUUGUUUAUUUGCAUUUCUCAUACACACACACGCACGCCUAAGUAGAUGCAGCCAUAGGUGCAAGCUCACUUAUUCAUCUCACACAUUCUUUAACAUAACCCUACAAACACAUGCUCUAGUGACUGCUGAAAUUUGCCAGUUCUCCCAGAUUGGCAGCCAGAAUGUAUUUGACUAAGGAAUUGACCUCUUUUAGAUUGAUGCCUUCAAUGGAAAUUUUAUUUUAUUUUAUUUUAAUUUUAAUUUUUUUGUGCUAGUUUUAGUUUAGGGGUUUGGGGAGGGUGAUUGAAUCGCCUUUAAUAUUAACUACACAAAAAAGUGGGGCUACUGCUGUAUGUGCUUUGUGUAAUAGGGCGCAUGGGCACAGGGAUAAUCAGACUGUGUGAGACUGACUGGUAGGCUUUAUAAAUAAUGUAUAUAAGAAUUCACUCUGUGAGUGCACAUUUGAUAAAUUUAUUUAUUUAUAUGUAAGCAUUACAAAACAAAUGUAUUUAAGACCACAAGAAAAGAAGAGAGAAUAUGUAUCGUCCAGCAGUAUAGAAGGGACUGGGCUUUAGGUCUGUUAAAGGAUGUGCUAUUGCUUGGAGUCUUUUGUAAAGGUAAACUCGGACAUCCUUGCAUGAUGAAGGGGGUUUCAGAGUUUGGCUACACUUGAGUUCACUUGGGUUUACAUUUGAAAUGUGCAUGUGUAUUUAUAUACAGAACUUCAAUAAAGUUGUGUAAAGUCCUUUGCUGCCGUUUUCCAUUUGCGCAUGCUGUAUCAAGGUAAGUCAUUAUGAAUAUUUCCAAUGCAAUGUGAAUUGUAUAUUUAAUGUUUAAUUGUAGUGCAAAUCCAAUGUAUGGCUCAAUCCAGUAAGGUGAGAUAUGUAAUUAUACCUCAUUACAGUCAACUCCCAGAAUUCUUAGCACCCGUCAUGAGUACAAAUUUGUUUUUCCUGAGUAUUAUAGGGGAAAUAUGCUCAUCUGUCCUCUUCCUAUAAAUAAAUUAUAUAUAAAUAAAUGAUAUAUAUUUAAAUAUAUAAAUGUUCUCAUGCACUAUAUUCUUACACCAAACACUAUGUUCUUAUUGAGGACUUUUGUAGAGUAUUCAUCUCUACAAAAUUAAACAAAUGUUUUGCCUUGAACAAUUACCUCACCAUGCUAUUCCAUAAGGUGUUUCUUUGAUUUUAACCUGUUUGUGAUUGAUGGACUUGGAGUAUGCUGAAUUUUGUUCCUAGCUCUCGAUGAUUUUAUUCCUUACAACCUUUUGACCUUUAGUUUGUUUGAUAAUACUCCAACAGCCUAAAAAAUUCAUUUAGACUUUGAAAUAAGCCAAAAUUAUUGCAGUUUUGGUGUACUCUCAUAAACAGUUGUAAACAGUAUCCAUUUCUGUGGGGCGGUUGGUAGAGUAGGUUACUGGAGUUAAAAUGACUUGUUCCUAGGUCAAAUGUAGCAUCUUGUUUUUGAUGGGUUGUGCUCUCUUUCCAGUCUCCCAGUUCCUGCAGUUGAACCCCCAGCUGUGACAUAAACUGGACCCGGUGGGCCUUAAAAGCUGCAUAGUCUAUAAUGUGCGAAUGGUCAGUAUUGCUAUUUUCUAAAUUUGGAUUAGCCUGUUAUAAAACUGUAAUAAGACACUUGCUUUUCUUUAAUGUUUAUGUGCCCACGAUUUGUGAGUUUCCCAAAGAGGGGUUCAUUCCUUUUGAAUCACAAAUGGCUUUCUGCUUUCUUUAAAAGUGUGCUACUUAGGAAACGAAACAGUGACUUGUUUGUACUACAUAGACGGAGCUUGGCACACUAUGGAUGGAAAAAAAACCCUAAAAAUCGGAGUUAUAAAAGGCAUUGAAUUCUUAACAAUUACAUUUAAACACCAUUGAAUUCAUAGCACUGAAAUAUGUCUGUACUUAUUUGUAUUCAAUUAACUAUGAAUAAUUGAACAAUUAAAUAUGAAGUAACAAAAUGUUGAUGUUUAAAAAAGCAUCUAUAUUCAAAUGUUUUUUUAUUUCUAUAAUUUGUUCUGAAAAUGAAUAGACUGAAUGCUUUUUUAGCUAUUUUAAACAUUUAAUCGCAUAUCAUUAAGUGAGAAUUUCGGUAUUAGAUUUUAGAUUAAUUUAGCAAACUAUUAAAUUAAAUUCCAGCUCAGAAUUACAAACCUGACUUUGAAAAUAACAUUGAAAUUAAGAUUUUUUGCUUUGAAGUUUAAAUUCCUAGUCGUAUGAGUCAAAUUGAAUUGAAUUUAUUUGAAAAUGCUCCAAUGCCGCCAUCUGGUGGUAGAAACUGACAGUUAAUUUUAACGUCCUUUCAUGACGGCGUGGACUAUGGCCUCGGCUCCUCCAAUGACAUUCUUAGCCCCGCCCUCUAUACAAAAUCCACCAAUUACAUACCUGAUCCCACCCUCUAGAAGAUCCCAACCAAUGACGAACGUGGCCCCGCCCUCUACACAAGCCCAACCAAUGACAGACUUGGCCCUGCCCUUUUCCGGCUGCCUGACGGUCCCGCGAAUUUUAUGCCGCGGUGGCAUUUUCUUCUUUUCUUUUCGGUUAUUGAGGACGCGUGCUCGCUUUCGUACAGGAUUAUUUUUUUUGCUAUCGUUAAACCUAACGCUAUAGGAUAUUUAGUAAGAGUUUUUAAAAUCAAAUCAGGCACGAGUUCAUUUUUCCCUCCAUUGUGUUCUUUUUAGGGGGGGAAACAGGAUGCACGAGCCACGUGCACACAUUUCAGUAAUUAGGUCUGUAAUUGUUUCUCAUCAGUGAUUUUCUUUAUGUGUAAACCUGAACAAUGAGGAUUUUUUUUUUUUUUGCGUGUAAGUAUAAAUACUGUGAUGAAUGUUUUAGUUAAUCGUUGUUUUCGGGUUGUGUAAUUUAAGUGAAAAAAUCAAAGUAAAUUGCAUGUAAAUCACUGCAUAGGUUUAACGCACCAGUUAGAGCAGAGCAUCGUGUGCGCGCGCGCGCGGUACCAUUUUGCCCGAUUUAACAGCAGUGGAUUAUCGUCUGGUUUAAUCCCAAAUGGCGCCAUACACGCACUGAGGCAGUGGUGCCGUUGGAUGUUGAUUGUUGAUAUGCUCGGGGUUUCAUUUCUCCAGCUCGCUCAUUCAUCAUUUAUGUAACGCUUUGCUGCUGUUCCUUUGCUGAGGCAAUUCCCUAGCAGGUUUUGUUGCAUAUGAGGAAACGAGUGGCUGUUUCGAAAAUGCAUAUUGUAAAAACGUAACGAAGCCCAGCAGUGUGUGUGUGCGUGUGUGUGUCCUGUACAGCUGGAGAGGAGAUGGAGAUGAAGAUGAGCACCAUGUGCUGGCUGAGGUAGUGCUUUGUGCUGUUGGUCGGGUCGCUCCUCUGCCCGCUGAUGGAGAUGACGGCGCAAAACACUGCCUUGCUAGAAAUGGUGAUGAACCGCAUAUAAUCUACAAGAUCUCUUCUUUAUGGAUUUACACACCAGUCAUUUAUGUUUUUUAACUCAAACUCAAACCUGGGCUUUAUUUUAAAUAAAUAAAUGUGACCCCACAUCUGUGUGUGUGUCCAGUGUCUUCUCUGUACCAGGUUCUGAGGCCAUUUCUUCUGUCCACUUAUUUUUGAGCUUUUUCCGUUUGUGUAGUUUUGUGUGUGUUUUCUGAUUGGUUUAUUGAUCUUAACCAGGGACAUUUUUUUUAAUAAUCAGUUUUUCUAUCGUCAUCGUCAUUAACUGAAUAU